AUGAGGUAUUAUGGUAUACCCUGGGUUAUAUACUUCUUGGUCCAAGCUAAUAUUGGGAGAGCGGAUUCUUUCUCCAAGCUAGGAUGCUAUCUGAAGUCAGAUAUUCAAAGCAUAUUAAGCUACCAAGAUGAGUUUAUAUAUCAAUCAUCAUCCCAUUGUGAAGAGGAAUGUGCUGGUAAAAAGGUAGCAGCAUUGUUGAACGGUAAGUACUGUUAUUGUGGUGAUACAGAACCUGACGGAGACGAAGCUGAUAGUUCUGAUUGUAAUGUCAGUUGUCAAGGUUAUGGUCAAGAAAAUUGUGGUGGUAGUAAUGCGUUCUUGGUAUAUUCCAAUAGUGACGUUGAAUCAGAAAGUACUUCUUCAUCAUCUAGUUCCAGUUCGAGCUCCAGCUCCAGCUCUAGUUCAUCUAGUUCCAGUUCGAAAACAACCACACAGAGCUCGACUUCAACCACAUCCACGAGCUCCAGCAGCAGCAGUUCUAGCAGCAGUUUCAGUAGCAGUUCCAGCAGCAGCAGUAGCAGUUCCAGCAGCAGCAGCAGCAGUUCCAGCAGCGAUUCUUCGUCUGCUAGCCCAAGUUCAAGCAGCUCCGCAGAGCCGUCUACAUCAGAAAGUUCAUCAUCUUCAUCAUCAUCAUCAUCACUGAGGUCGUCCCUGUCUGCGCCGGAUAGAACUACGUUGAUAUCCACAAUUACAAGCAACCCAACAGACUCUCAGGAACCAUCAACUAUCGCGGUAACAAUGACAGAACUGAAUUCAUCAUCGUCAUCAACACCUAAUGCUAACGACGCAUCAUCUAAACAAAACAAAUCAUCAAAAUCUAUUAGCACAGGGGGAAUUGUUGGUGCUGUAAUUGGGAGUGUAGCAGGUGCUGGGCUCAUCUUAGGUUUAGUGGUAUUCCUUUGCUGCUUUAAGCGUAAUAAGGAGGAUGAUGAUAAGGACGACGAGUUUACCUUAUCUGGGCCAAGCAACGAAAAAACCCAUACCUUUGAAGGUGCACCAAAUCCAUUUAUGAUGGCCCAAACUGGUCGGAACGACGAUGGCCAUGUGGACCACAACAAAGAUACCCUGUAUUCUCUAGAUACUACAAAUAAUGAUGAUUUCUUCAUGGCUGCCGGCCAUCCUGAUACAGAAUCACCUGGUCAGGACAAACUCUCAUCAGAAUACGGCAGAAGAAGACUUAGUGAUGGUUCGUUACCUGACAUGGUUACCAGGAAUCCAGGCUCUCUCAAAGUCGUUAAUAACUGA